AUGGCUUCUACUGUAAGCAUCAUUUUUCCUUAAAUCAGAUCAAUAAUUUAAACCUAUCUAGGUUUUGAUCUUCCUGUGCACCCUCGCUGUUGCCACAGCGCUUCCGAUUUCAGGACCGAUGGGUCUGAACGGCAUGUCCGGCCAGAACGGACUAUCAGGACAGUCUGGACUGUUCGGAUCUGGUUCCGACUACAGACUUCCAGGAAGUCUCAACGGAAACUUCUUGGGCCAACAGCAGCUCCCAAUGAACCGGCUCCAAGGAAUGGGUCCGUACGGCCUGUCCAGCUACGAAAUCGCUUCGAUGAUCUCCCAGAACCCUGCCGGUAGGAGCCGAGUCUUUUUCUGGUACUGAAUGAUAAGAUUUCAGUCCUGCAGUACAUUCUGUCGGCUCUGCAGCAGACCUCGGCCAGAACUCUCUUGGCUGAGAUUCUCAGCCAGUCGCAGAACAUGGGAGGCUCCAACAACGGUUUCUCCGGUCUUGGAGGAUUCCAAGGAAUGGGCGGCAACUCUGGAUUCUUCCCGGGAAUGAAUGGAUUCCAAGGAAUGAACGGUCUCCAAGGAAUGAACGGUCUCCAAGGAAUGAACGGUCUCCAAGGCAUGAAUGGAUUCUCUGGAGCCAACAACUUCCCAGGAAUGGGUUCUGGAAUCAAUGGUCGCUCAGGCUACAACGGCGCUUCUGGUCUCAACAGCCUUUCCGAGUCCAGCGGCUUCCGAGGAAUUCAAGGACUUCCUGGAUUUGGCGGCGUCUUUGGAUACGGCAUCUUCCCCCGCUUUGGCAACUUCCAGUCCAAGAAGUAA